AUGGCCGAAUUUCCGCUAGAUCCACAAUUGGCAAAAAUGCUCAUAACAUCCACUGAAUUGAAUUGUUCAAAUGAGAUCUUGUCCAUCACAGCCAUGUUGUCAGGUGAGAGGAAUUUCAGUGAUUUUAGCCUGAAAACUGGGAUUUUCUAGGGUUUUUGGGUGAAAAUUAAUAAUUUUGAAUGUUUUUGGAUCUAGAAAUCCUCAAAAUUCCCCAAUUUUCAUCCAAAAAUUAUGAUUUUUCAGUUCCCCAAUGUUUUGUUCGACCAAAUGAGAUGAAAAAAGAGGCGGAUGAGGCGAAAGCGAGAUUUGCGCAUAUUGAUGGAGAUCAUCUAACUCUUCUCAAUGUUUAUCAUGCUUUUAAGCAAAGUGAGUUCGAAAUUUGAAUUUGGGGCGAAAUUUGGGAUAAAAUGAUAGUAAACAAGCCUAGAAUAGGCUUAUUUAGUGUCCAAACAUCAGAAUUUCAAAAGAAAUCAUGAAAAUUUCUGUAAAAUUAUUGAUUUUUCGAAUUCACGUUGAAAUCUGAGUAAAAAUGAUGCCCAAUAAGCCUAUAUUUAAACCUUUUUUGCGACGUGUAAUUGCGGAGUGCCGUAAUUUUUUUUUGAGUUCAGAUUGAACUUUGGGAUCAAAUAACCCUAAUUUUUGCCUCGUCAUAACUCAAUUUUCUCUUUUUCCAGACAACGAAGAUCCCCAAUGGUGUUAUCAAAAUUUCGUCAAUUAUCGAUCGAUGAAAACUGCAGAUACAGUAAGACAGCAACUUUCAAGGGUCAUGGAUAAGGUGAGUAAUUUGAAGAGGAAUAGUUAUAAGCGGACUCUUCGAGCCAACUCAAAAAUAAAAUGUUUUCCUCAAAAGCUCAAUUCUGACCUGUAAUAAAUUUUAGUACAAUCUUCGACGUGUCUCAACUGAUUUCAAAUCUCGUGAUUAUUAUUUGAAUAUUCGAAAAGCUCUGGUUGCCGGAUUUUUCAUGCAAGUUGCACAUUUGGAACGAAGUGGACAUUAUGUUACGGUUAAAGGUGAGAGAUUUUGGCGCCAAAAAUCCACGUGGCAAAUUUGCAAUUUUUUCAGACAAUCAAUUAGUCAAUUUGCAUCCCUCAACAGUCUUGGAUCACAAACCCGAAUGGGCACUUUAUAAUGAAUUUGUAUUGACGACGAAGAAUUUCAUCAGAAGUGUCACCGAUGUUCGGCCGGAAUGGUGAGGGUUUUGGAAUCUUUGGGGAAAAAAUGAGAUUUUUGGAAUCUUGCAGAAAAUUGCGAUUUUUCGAGUCUAAGCAUGACUAUUUUUGAGAAAUCGAUAAAAAAAUUCGAAAUUUGCAUGGAAUUACCGUAAAAAUAUUCUCUGAAAAAAUAGAAAAGUUUUCGAAAGAUUUUUUUUGCUGAAAAAUCCAUCCUAAAAUUAAUUCCAGGCUUCUCACAAUCGCCCCACAAUACUACGAUUUGGCGAAUUUCCCGGACGGCGACACAAAACGCAAAUUGUUGGUCGUGUCUCAAACAUUGCGAAAAAAUGCCGGGCCAGGAUAUUGA